AUGGCGCUGCGGCCGGGACCCGGCGCGGGGGCUGCCGGCGGGGCGGCGGGCGGCGGCGGCGGAGCGGGGGCCGCCAGCUUCAUGUUCCCUGUCGCUGGUGGUUUGGGCACCCCUCAAGGGAUGAUUCCUAUGCAGCAGCAAGGAUUUCCAAUGGUUCCUGUCAUGCAGUCCAAUAUGCCUGGCAUGAUGGGAAUGAACUAUGGUUCUCAGAUGCCUCCUGGAGCCAUGACCAUGCAGGGUGGCAUGCCCUUAGGGCCAAUGCCAGCCACUGGAAUGCCUUACAUGGGACAGGCUCCUUUCUUGGGAAUGCGGCCAGCAGCCCCACAGUACACCCCUGACAUGCAGAAGCAGUUUGCAGAGGAACAACAGAAGAGGUUUGAGCACCAACAGAAGUUCUUGGAAGAAGAAAGAAAACGGCGCCAGUUUGAGGAGCAGAAGCAAAAGCUGAGACUCCUAAGCAGUGUGAAACCCAAGACAGGUGAAAAAAGCAGGGAUGAUGCUUUGGAAGCCAUUAAAGGAAAUUUAGAUGGUUUUUCUAGAGAUGCUAAAAUGCACCCAACACCGGCAUCACAUCCAAAAAAGCCAGAUCAUCCCACAUCAUCCCAUCCUGCUGUAUCUGUUUCCCACUCUGCUUUUCUUGAUGAUGAAGAAUUUAGUGACUUUAUACAAGGGCCUGUUGAAAUCCCCAAACUGGUGCCUCAACCCACCUCUCAGCCUUUUCAGCCUUUGCAUUCUGCUACUGAGGCUGGGCAACUGCUUUCAGAAAAGGCCGUGGUCCAGCCUCUCCCUCCAGCCCAGACUCCAGUGUUAUCCAUCCUGCAUGGUACAACUGGGCAGGUUCCUUAUUUUCCUACCUCUGCAUCUUCACCCAAUAUCCAUAAAACAGGCUCUUCCUUGAAGGAGAAAAUCUUAGAUAAUGACUCAAAUGAAUCUGAACAAGAGCAAACCAAACUUAAAACAUCUGAAGUUGGGCACAAAGCCUCAGCUGUGAGCCAAGUUCAUCUCAGUUUAGCCAUCAGUGACUGGGAUGUUGUAGGUGGACGUGAAAGUGGUACCACUGCUGCAGAGGUGCACAAGGCUUCAGAACAAAACAUAGCAGUUGAAGAGUGUGGAGUUGGAGUAUUCCCUUCACAGGACCCAAUUCAGCAAAUGAUGCCUCCUUGGAUUUACAACGAUAGCUUGGUCCCAGAGUUGUACACGAAAAUCUUAGAGACCACUUUGACUCCUGCUGGAAUUGAUACAGCUAAACUCUAUCCCAUACUGAUGUCGUCUGGAUUGCCCAGAGAGACCCUUGGGCAGAUAUGGGCUUUAGCCAACCGUACUACCCCUGGGAAGCUCACAAAGGAGGAGCUGUACACCGUGCUGGCGAUGAUAGCCGUGACACAGAGAGGAAUACCCGCAGUGAGUCCCGAUGUGUUAAACCAGUUUCCAGCUGCCCCCGUUCCCACUUUAACGGGACUGCCGAUGCCGCUGCCCGCCGCCGUGAGCCCGCAGCCGCUGCUGCCCUCCACGCCGCCCGUCUCGCUGCCGCUCAGCAUCGCGCCGGCCGUGAUGGGAAUGAACAUCACGGCACCAGCGGGCGGAGCUGCAGCACAGCCUUCCGCAGCCUUCCUGCCGCCCUUCCCAGCCGCCCAGGUAGUAAAAACAGAUGAUGAUGACUUCCAGGAGUUUCAAGAUGCUUCAAAGUCCGGCUCACUAGAUGACUCUUUCACUGAUUUCCAAGGAGAUGUGGCUGGCUCCUCCAAAGCAGCCAGUUCACAGCACAGGAGCAGUGUUCCUUCUUUACUAAUGCCACUCCCAGGUAAUAAAACCAUCUCAUCAGCUGAUAAGUAUGCUGUGUUUAAAGGAAUUGCAGCUGAGAAGCCUUCUGAAAGUGCAGCUACUUUUGGAGAUGGUGGAGACAAGUAUAGUGCUUUCCGUGAAUUAGAGCAACCAUCAGAAAGCAAAUACUUAGGAGAUAACCUUGCAGAAUUCAAGCCUGCAGGACCUGACGAUGGUUUCACAGAUUUUAAAACCGCUGACAGUGUCUCACCAUUAGAGCCACCUACAAAAGACAAAACUUUCCCUACGUCCUUCCCCUCUGUGCCUGGUCAGUCAAAACAGCAAACACAAGCAAAGACCCCUUUGAAUUUAGCAGACUUGGAUCUCUUUUCCUCUACUGGAGAAAACAAGCAGCCAUCCUUUCCACCUGCGUUUAAUACAUCAAAAUCGGGCUCCUUUCCUCCACCGCCCCCUCCAUCUACCAGUGCCCAGCCAACACCCAGCAAAAGCUCAAGCUUAGCUGACGACUUUGGAGAGUUCAACCUUUUUGGGGAAUUUUCUAAUUGCACACCAGCCAGUGGACAAGAUGACUUUGCAGAUUUUAUGGCUUUCAACAAUAGCAGCGGAUUUUCCGAACAAAAACCAGAUGACAAAUACAAUGCACUUAAGCAAGAGGCCGGUCCUGUUCCUCAGACUGGCUCGUCUGCUGCCACAGGGAAGAGUGGGCAGAGUUCUACCACUGCUGCUACGCCCACCAAGUACGAUAUCUUCAAACAACUUUCUCUGGAGGGCUCUGGGGCAGGCUUUGAGGAGGCAAAGGACAACACACUUUCCUCAGUGAAGAGCGACGACGAUUUUGCCGACUUUCACUCUAACAAGUUUUCUUCCACGUGCAACAGUGCAGAUAAGUCCCUGGUGGACAAAGUCACAGCUUUCAAGCAGGCCAAAGAAGACUCUGCUUCUGUGAAGUCUCUGGAUCUCCCUUCUAUUGGUGGCAGCAGUGUUGGCAAGGAGGAUUCUGAAGAUGCUUUGUCUGUUCAGUUUGACAUGAAACUGGCUGAUGUGGGAGGAGAUCUUAAGCAUGUCAUGUCUGAUAGCUCUUUGGAUUUGCCAACAGUUAGUGGCCAACAUCCACCAGCAGCAGAUAUAGAUGAUUUAAAGUGUGCCCCAUUUGGAAGCUAUAACAGUGGGUCUGCAGUCAGCAGCCUGGCAAGCUAUGAAUGGUCCGACAAAGACGACAUUCAUCAGGGCAAGAAGCUCUCCUCCUUUGUCCAAUCUUCAGGAAGUGGAUCCUCUGCGGCUACUUCUGUGCUUCAGAAGAAGGAGACCUUGUUUGGCAGUUCAGAAAACAUUACCAUGACAACAGUUUCCAAAGUGACAACCUUUUCUAGUGAGGAUACUUUACAAGAUGUUUCCUUUGCAGCCUUUGCAAACUUUAAAGACUCUGGACUAAUAUCCAGUGGUCCAAGUGACGAUGACAUUGGAGACUUUGGUGAUUUUGCAAGACCUUUGUCAGAAGCACAAGAUGCAGCAGCAGCAGCAGCUGACACAAAUCAAGAGGCAGACUUCCUUGCUAGCAGUAUCUCUUCUGAACUGCGAAGAGAGUCCACAGAUGACUUUGGAGAAUUCCAAAGUGAAAAGCCAAAGAUCAGCAAGUUUGACUUCUUGGUGGCAACUUCCCAAGGCAAGGUGAAAUCUAGUGAAGAAAUGAUCAAGAGUGAGCUGGCUACCUUUGACCUGUCUGUUCAAGGGUCUCAUAAAAGGAGCUUAAGCCUAGGUGACCGGGAAAUAAGUCGCUCUUCACCUUUGCCAGCGUUGGAACAGCCUUUCAGAGAUCGUUCAAACACUCUAAGUGAGAAGCCUGCUUUGCCUGUCAUCAGAGACAAAUACAAAGACUUGACUGGGGAAGUUGAGGAAAGUGAGAGGUAUGCCUAUGAGUGGCAAAGAUGCUUGGAGAGUGCCCUGCAAGUCAUAAAGAAAGCAAAUGAUACCUUAAAUGGAAUAAGUAGUUCAUCUGUUUGCACUGAAGUUAUCCAGUCUGCCCAAGGAAUGGAAUAUUUACUAGGGGUUGUUGAAGUCUACAGAGUAACAAAGAGAGUUGAACUGGGUAUCAAAGCAACUGCUGUUUGUAGUGAGAAACUCCAGCAGCUGCUGAAGGAUAUUGAUAAAGUGUGGAACAACUUAAUAAGCUUCAUGUCACUUGCUGCUUUAACGCCAGAUGAAAACUCACUGGAUUUCUCUUCUUGUAUGCUGCGUCCAGGGAUUAAAAAUGCCCAAGAUCUUGCCUGUGGCGUGUGCCUCCUAAACGUGGAUUCGAGAAGUAAAAAAGAAGAGAAACCUGUGGAAGAGCUUCCUAGAAAAGCCUUUAAUUCGGAAACGGAUAACUUCAAGCUGGCAUACGGAGGGCACCAGUACCAUGCCAGCUGUGCCAAUUUCUGGAUCAACUGCGUGGAGCCAAAGCCUCCAGGGCUCAUUUUGCCAGACCUGCUCUGAAAGCAUUUGCAUUGAAGAUGGAGUAUUGGGUCUAACAAUGCAGGACACUUGGGGGAAGUGGUGUGGUAGGGUAAGUGGAAAGGCUCGAGCUGAGGUUAGUGUUUGAAAUGUUUUGGCUUUUGUACUGUAAGGUUUUUAAAGCCUUUGUCAUGUACAAGCUGUUGGUAAAGAAUUGCAAUGAAUUGACCCAGGGUUGCAGUGGGGCAAAAAAAUGUGGCAUUUCAAUCUUUCUGAAGAUGAAAGCAGGUUAGUCUUUGUAAAAAGCAGUCUGCUACCCAGACACAUGAACCUCUAGAGAGGCCAGUACCUGUCUUCUAAGAAAAGCCUAAAUGCUAGGCUGGUUUGCAUAGAAGUGACCACUUAAAUACUUGAAGGACGUAUUUGCAAACAAACCUUUUCUUUAAUGUUUUUGGUAUAUGGACCAUGAUGUUUUUCUUCAAAUAUUUGCUGCUAUGAUAUUCCAAUGCACACAGUGCAUGGGCCACAGGGACUUUCAAAGCAAAAUUAAUUAUUGACUUAGAAGGAAUGAGGCUGCGCAGAGCCAUUGCAUAUCGAUACUUCUGCUGUUCUGUAUUGGAAACUGUCCUGGAUUCAUGUGCAUAACUGGUUAGUACUGAGGGACAAGGACUUGAAGACAUUGUUGACAGUGUUCUCUGUAAUAUCUGGAUUCUUUAGUACAGGCAUCUGGAUUUUAAAACUUGUGGUCUUUGCUACUCGGUUGUAAAUACAAACAAAGUCCUUCCUCAGGCUUGUGCUGAGCUAUAGGCAUGAUUUGUUAUGCUUCACCUGACCCUUUGGUAAUUGUGUGGCUGCAGCACUGUUGAAAAUUGGACUCCAGUGAUCCAGCAUGUCUCUUCCCUGUGUACAUAGUCCCUUUUUUGUCUGUUAAUAUGUUUUCCUUGAAGGAAUGUCUGUGUGUAACUUGUGUAGUUUAGUGCUAUCUGUAGUAAUGUGUUUCUCUGACUCAGACCUGGCAGCACAAGGAAGUCUCUGGCUCCUGCUACAGGCGGGUGUGAUUUCACACUGGAAGUCUGUGGUUGUGGAGCCCAAACCAGCAGAGUGGUCUGAAGCUGGCUGGUUUGUGAAGCAGAGUACUGUGUACCUGCUGUUUUGUUGCAUGCAGUAGGUACAGCUACCUGGACAGAAGGAGGUUAGUAUCAUAGCCUAUCACAAAAUGUUACCCAUGCCUCUGAAGUAUCUGAUUCUCUCUUCAGAUACAACAUCCAGACAACAGUGCAAGCAGCUGUAGUGCUAGUGACAGGAUUGUAAACCUAGUAGGAGCUUCAUGGUGUUAUUAGAAGAGCCUUAUCAUUGAACAGUCUCAGUCUGCUGUGGAUGACGUGGUGUGGAUAUCCAUCUGUACAACUUGCACCUCAGUUCUUGGACUUCAGCUUCUCAGAUCUCUAGAUCUCUCCAAAGAUAUUGACAGCUGUUCCACGUUAGUCUUGUCUGCGCUGUAAGCAGCUGAUGCUGACCAGUGGGUAUUUGCUGCAACAGGAAUUACAGUGAGGAAAAACAAUGCUUCAUUUCUUCUUUUUUAAAAAGGGCUUAGGUAUACUAAACAAUUAUAAGAGAUGAAAAGAUCGUGGCUAGGAGGAGUGCUACGUGUCUGGCCCCUUAUUUACACAAAUGAAAUCUUCUUGCUGCCUGAAAUGAACUCAUUCAUAAAUAAGCAACUCAUGUCUCUAGUCACUAGCUCAGGCUAAUCAAGUGGCAGCUCUUCCCCAAUGUGGCAGUGCCUGCCUGCUGCUGCCCAGGAAUUGUCAACAAAAGGGCAGUCCCUCCUUGCUCCUCUCUUUCAUUUGUUAGGUGGGAAAUACUUGUAGCUUUUGACCACAUGCAUUGUCUUCCAUCUUAAUGAGAGGUGGCUCUGUACAUCACCAGUACAAGAAUGCCCAGUGGUGCCUGGGGUCUAAGCCAGCACCUGCUUUUGCAUCCUGAAUUGCAGAAGCACUUUGCUGUUGUCCAACUUGAAGCAAGUGCCUCCUCUUGCUGCUAGUAAGGGGAUGGUCAAGUGGUUUGGAGUAUAUGGCUGACGCCAAGGCUGUUACUUGUGAGACGCUAUACCGGGCAAAGGGAGUUUAUUGUUAGCAUGGGUUUCCACCACAGCUCCUGAACCCUGAGCUAGAUAGGAGCUUUUUCUUUUUGUAAUUAAAAGAGAAAACCACAAAUAAAAGAGGCCACAAUGUGAAACUUACAACAACCAGUAUUUCGAACACAGCACCGGCUCCGUUGUCAUAAAAGCAUUUUCCAGUGAUGCUCUUGUGCUUGUUAACACACAUGUAAAGGCAGUGAAUUCCCUCUCUGAGCCAUCUCCAACGUGUCUUUUGGCCCAUCAAAAGAAGGAAUCACCAUUUACAAUUCCAGCUGCAGUGGGGCUUGCUGAAGUGUGACCCCACCGCCUGCCUGCUCCCUGCAGAAGGGGAGGCAGCAGCGCUCACGCCGCGGCGGAGGCGAGCGGAAAGCGCUCUGAGCCCAGCGCCUUGACGUCAUGGGAACACACCACAUGUUUUGCUUGUAGAUGCUCUGGAUAAAGGCAUUGCACAACGGGGAUCGGCUCACGGAUCCUGCUCAUUAAAAUGACUCACUGUUGCAUUCAGCAUCUUCUCAGAUGUUCCGCUGCCAGCCGAAGCCGCUGUCCCUGCCAGCUGUAUCCAAGGUUACCGUGUUCUCUGCACUGCACAGACCACCUUCUGCACGCAGGCUGCUGGCCACGCUGCCUCCCCUCGCCUUGGGUUGCAUUUUACAAACUGAACUCCUUUUUCUGCUAGAAAAAAAACCAACCCCACGUGAGAAACAUUGUUUUCUGGGGUUUAUUUACUGUGAGUGUUCUCUGGAACUGCCUUGGGGUGAUCUGUGGAAAGUCUGGGCGGGGGGGGGGUGGUGUUUGUGCUCUAUAUAUUUGUGUAUAUUUGGAAUUCUAAGAAACUGUUACUUGUUUAUUUAAUGCCUAUGUCCCUUUGCCCACUUGCAGUCCUGAUGUUUCUGUGCUGUCUUGGUGUGUUGUGGUUUGCCUUGGGCCGCCCCAGCCCCUUCCCUGCCCAGGGCUGGUCUUGAGCAUCUCCCCAGGCUCGCCCACAAUUGUUGGCUGUAGCCACUUGGAGGUUAUUUGUGCUGUGGGAAUUGCUAUGUGCUGUGCUUGGCCAUUCUGCUGACUUUCCCUCUCUAACAGCAGCUUCUCACCUGAGCUGGUUUUGAGCAGCUCCUUCCCUGAAAUUCAUGCAGUGUACAUGAAGCAAUAGUGACACUCAACCUAAGGAUGAGCAGAAGCUCACGAAAACCCAAGGAAUGUUCCAGCUUCUAUUUAGCUACAUGUCAGAGGAAUUAAGCUUGAAACAGGAGCUCCCUUUUCAAUAAAAGCUGCUAUUGUGCAAACUGCUUUUUCUGAAAGAUUUUUUCUUUUCCCCUCUCUGGACCCGAAUUUAAUUCUAGUUCUUAAUAUUAGAAUGGAAAUGUCAUAAUUUUAUGAAGAAAAGUGGUCAGACAACUUCUCUUGAUAUUGUGAUUCUUCCUUCUGCCCUCUGGGUGAACACUGUUUCUCUUCUAGAAGUGUUUUUGCCAUUAGUAGUUGGAGCUGUUUCCGUUUGUGCUACACUGGAGUCACUGCUCAUAUUUUAAAUCCACUGAGAAUUAGUGUUAUUAAUUGACUUUAGUACAUUGCCUACUCCCUUAUUCUUGCCAUGACUUAGAAAUCC